CAGGAAAAGGCGCAAGCCCAUAAGUAAGGCCACACCCUACAUUUCCUAUAAAUGCUAUUUCGUCCCCCAAAACCCUAGAGCUCUGUUUCUCUCGUUCUUCAAGCCUGGAUCAGCGACGACGACCGAGACAGAGACUUCGCCAUGGGAAGAAGACCUGCAAGGUGUUAUCGUCAAAUCAAGAAUAAGCCAUACCCAAAAUCACGGUAUUGUCGUGGUGUUCCAGAUCCCAAGAUUAGAAUCUAUGAUGUGGGAAUGAAAAAGAAGGGUGUGGAUGAAUUCCCUUUCUGUGUGCACUUGGUCAGUUGGGAGAAGGAGAAUGUCUCCAGUGAGGCACUUGAAGCUGCUCGUAUUGCGUGCAACAAGUACAUGACCAAGUUUGCUGGAAAAGAUGCUUUCCAUUUGAGGGUCAGAGUCCAUCCCUUCCAUGUGCUGCGUAUCAACAAGAUGUUGUCAUGUGCUGGAGCUGAUAGGCUCCAAACUGGCAUGAGGGGUGCUUUUGGCAAGCCUCAGGGUACUUGUGCUCGUGUGGCUAUUGGCCAGGUCCUUCUUUCUGUUCGUUGCAAAGAUGGAAACAGUCAGCAUGCUCAGGAGGCAUUGCGCCGUGCAAAGUUCAAGUUCCCUGGUCGUCAAAGGAUAAUUGUUAGCAGAAAAUGGGGUUUCACAAAAUUCAGCCGCAGUGAUUACGUGAAGUGGAAAUCAGAAAACAAGAUUCUCCCUGAUGGUGUCAAUGCCAAGCUUCUGGGAUGUCAUGGGCCAUUGGCGAAUCGUCAACCAGGAAGGGCAUUCUUAUCUGAGGGUCCAACUGCCUAGGAUUUCUAUGGUGGGUCUAGAUUAAGCGCCCAACUUGACAGAGCUUUGGAGUUGUCUGGUUCAUUGGUUUUUUGGAUUCUCUUUUACGAUUUCCGAUCAUGUUUUGUCUUAUUAAAAGUGCUAUUAAAACUGCUGACAAAGGAUUUUGUUUCAAUGUUGUGAAUUGUGUUAAAUUAUCAGCCUCUUUGAUUUUGGUAUUCU